ACCCCCGACGGCGCGGCAUCAUUCCGCGACGGGCCGCCGCGCGCUCAACAUGGCGCGGACCGUUACGGCGCUCGUCCUAUUAUUCAUAAAUAUAGCGCACGCGGAAAUAUUAACUCCGCCAUACUUCAACUUGGCGCAAGGCAAGAAGAUUACGGCAACGGCGACAUGUGGGGACGAAGGACCCGAGCUGUACUGCAAGUUGGCCGGUGCGAACACGGACGGCGACGAACACGUGAUCCAAGGACAGAUAUGUGACGUUUGCGACGCCACAUCCGAUUCAAAGAAGCAUCCACCAGAGUACGCCGUGGACGGAAUGGAAACUUGGUGGCAGAGUCCACCGCUCUCCAGAGGGAUGAAGUACAAUGAAAUCAACUUAACUAUUGAUCUUGGACAGGAAUUCCACGUGGCGUACGUAUUCGUGAGGAUGGGCAUUUCGCCACGUCCAGGCUUGUGGGCGCUGGAGAAAUCAACAGACUACGGGAAGACAUAUAAACCAUGGCAAUACUUCUCGGAUUCUCAAUAUGACUGUCAGCUUUAUUUUGGUGAAGAGAGCCUGAAACCAAUAACUCGAGACGAUUCUGUCAUCUGCAGUACUGAAUACUCCAGGAUUGUGCCUUUGGAAGGUGGAGAGAUCCCAAUCUCUCUUCUCAAUUACCGUCCAUCAGCGAACAAGUAUUUCAACUCGUCUGUUCUACAAGAGUGGACGAGAGCAACCAACGUACGACUUCGAUUGUUGAGGACUAAAAACAUGUUGGGACAUCUUAUGUCGGUGGCCCGACAGGACCCUACUGUUACCAGGCGGUACUUCUACAGUAUCAAAGACAUCAGUAUUGGUGGGCGGUGCAUGUGCAACGGUCACGCGGACACAUGCGACCCGGCGGACCCGGCAAGCGAGAGCAACAUCCUCGUAUGCCGGUGUCAGCACAACACCUGCGGCCCGCAGUGCGCCCAAUGCUGCCCCGGCUUCGAACAGAAGAAGUGGAGGAUCUCGCAGAACUGGGACAGAUUCGAGUGUGAACCAUGCAACUGCCACAACCACUCCACCGAGUGCAUGUACGACCCGGAGGUGGACGAGAAGCGGCUGUCUCUGGACAUCCACGGCAGAUACGAAGGUGGCGGCGUCUGCCAGAACUGCCAACACAACACAGAGGGCAUCAACUGUAACAAAUGCAGGCCUACCUUCUACAGGCCAUACGGAAGAACUUGGGACGAAAUCGAUGUGUGCCAGCCCUGCGAUUGUGACCUGCACUAUUCGACGGGCAAUUGCGCCGAAGAGACUGGCCAGUGCGAAUGUAGGAAGGAAUUUUUGCCACCAAAUUGUGACGCAUGCGCAUACGGGUACUUCGACUACCCAGACUGCAAGCCUUGUACUUGCAACCUGAACGGCACUGAAGGAAACAAUUGUACACCAAUCGGAGGACUGUGCCCCUGCAAAUACAACUACGCCGGGAACUCGUGCGAAAUAUGUGCGGAUGGCUUUUAUUCGUAUGAAUGUAAAAACUGCGAGUGCAAUACUAUUGGAUCUGUAUCUCAAGUGUGCGACAAGGACAGCGGCAACUGUACAUGCAAGAGCAAAUAUAGCGGUCGCACUUGCAACCAAUGCGAGGCUGGCUACUUCAACUAUCCCACUUGUAAACAUUGUAACUGCGACAUCAGCGGUACGGAGCCCAGCAUCUGCGACGACAUUACCGGACAGUGCAUAUGCAAAACCGGAUUUGGAGGAGCGCGAUGCGACCAAUGUAUCGCUGGCUACUACAUGGAGGUGCGAGGUCGUGAAAGGCAGUGCGUACCGUGUAACUGCUCCCCCACUGGAUCUACAUCGACGAGCUGCUCAGCUGACGGAAAGUGUAACUGCCUCAUUAACUUUGGCGGGAAACAAUGCGACCAAUGCUCCCCCGGCUACUACAAAUUUCCUGAUUGCCUGUCAUGCAACUGUGAUUUGUCCGGUUCAUUGGGAUCGACAUGCGACGACAAUGGCUUAUGUCACUGCAAACCAAACUUCGACGGAAAUAAGUGUGACCGAUGCAAACCACAGUUCUAUAAUUACCCAGCCUGUGAAGAGUGCAAUUGCGAUCCGAGAGGUGUGGUAGCUUCAUUCGCUGGUUGUGGAUCAGUGCCUGAAGGAGAACUCUGUUUAUGCAAAGAUAGAGUUCAAGGCCGUAUAUGUAAUGACUGUAUGCCGCUGUUUUGGAAUCUCCAAGAUUACAACCCCAUCGGAUGCGAAAAAUGUAAUUGCAAUAUCUCCGGCACACUUGGAGGACUUGGAGUCUGCGAUACUCGCAGUGGACAAUGUACAUGCAAGAUGCACGUCGGCGAAAGACAAUGCGACCAGUGUCAGAACGGUUUCUACCAACUUGAAUCGAACAAUGUAUUCGGAUGCACUGAAUGUGACUGUGAUGUCGGUGGUUCCAUAGACAAUAACUGCGACAAGAUAACAGGCCAGUGCCACUGUCACUCACGCGUCGAGGGUCGCAGAUGUGACCGACCCAUCCAAGCCCAUUACUUCCCUACUCUCCACCAAUUUCAGUAUGAAGUAGAAGAGGGUCUGACGCCAUCAGGACCAGUUAGAUACAGAAGUAAUGAGGAAGUGUUCCCUGGAUACUCAUGGAAGGGUUAUGUGGUAUUCACUUUACUACAGAACGAGGUAAUAAAUGUCGUGCAUAUAUUGUCGAAGUCAUCACUGUAUCGCAUGGUGCUAAAAUACGCGAACCCACUCCAAGACCCGGUCGUCGCAACCAUCAUCAUCACGCCGGAGAGCGUCGUGGAUAUUACACAGCAGAAAUUCAGCGUGUUGCUAAAACCUACUACCCAGCCCCAGUUUGUGACCGUCUCUGGUGAAAAAGGCUUAGCUCCAGCACCUUUCAUUAUGAACCCCGGCAACUGGACGGUUACAAUUAAGACCACUAAGGAAGUUAUGAUUGACUACUUCGUAUUAGUACCAGAAGCCUACUACGAGGCCACUGUCCUCACCAAGCUGGUGGACAAACCAUGCGUCAUCGAUGAUAAGGAGUUGUGCCGUCAUUACGUCUACCCAAGCGUGGCUGGACGGCCAACGGCAGACAUCAACACUCUGGCUACCAGCGUCUCGGCAUUUAUUGAGGGAGACCAGCAAUUAAAUGAACUCAACAUUGGACCUAACACCGUACCAUUACUGAAUAACGACCAGAACGAACUACAGUACGACAUAAAAAUAGAUCCGCCUGGUCGGUACUACAUCCUGAUAGAGUACAUCACCCCAGCUGGCCCUGGCACCACUACGGACGGCCACGAGAUGUUCAGUCCAAGGAACACAGCAACGAUAAGGUUCCAGUCAGGCGAUGGCCCGGAGUCAUAUGCGAUCGUCAAUCUAAACGAUUGCCCUUACACGUCGCCAUGUCGGCAGGUCGUUGUCAAUGACCUCUCCAUGAUAUCGGUAUUCAACGUGACAGCUGCCAACAACGUCAUCUAUUUGGAUGGCGAGCGGGACACAUUAGCAGGUAUCAAGUCCAUCAUAGCUAUACCGGAGUCAGAAUGGCAUUUGGACUACAUUACUCCCCGGCCGUACUGUUUGCGGAGAAAUGGACGCUGCGAACCAGCUGUCUUCUCGGCUGCAGUUGAUUCUAAAAAGGUGGAAAUUGAAUCAGGAUCGGGCGGAGACGCUGUGACUCGUCCGCCUAUCCUGGACAACUCAACUACAGUCGUCUACCUAUCAUCCGACACAGAACCAGUGACGGUGGAAACAAAAGUACCAGCGCCAAGCGAUUACAAGUUCGUCGUGCAUUAUUAUCAACCAGAAAAUCCGCAGAGUAACAUCAACGCUAAAGUGGUCAUCGAUGGUCAAACCUAUGAGAUGUUUCUUCCUGUAGAGCAUUGCCCUUCAAACUCAGGGUGCAGGUCACUAUUGCAGCUUCCUGAUGACAGGAACCAGUUUCCUGUUAAUGAGAACGUCACUAUCACUUUUAUGGGCAACAAUAGCAAAGGAGUUUGGCUGGAUUACAUACUAGUUGUGGCUGCACCGGACUUUGUAGAAGGAGCACUCAAAGAAAUAAAUAUGGUGGACAACACACGGCAGUUUAUUGAGAAUUGUGCAGCUGACCACUAUUACAUCAGUUCCAAUGAAACUGGUUUUUGCCGUGACGCCAUGUUCUCGAUCACCUCUGAGUACAACAGUGGAGCGCUGGCGUGCAUGUGCAGUUUCACCGGCUCCACGGAGCUGGAGUGCAACACAUUCGGCGGCCAGUGUCCGUGCAAGCCCAACGUCAUUGGACGCUCGUGCAGCGCCUGCAGGACCGGAUACUACGGCUUCCCCAACUGCAGGCCCUGCCAUUGCUCCGACGCGGCCAUUUGCGAUGAUGAUGGCAUGUGUAUAUGUCCGAAGAACGUACAGGGCGAGAAGUGCGACAGCUGCAAGCCGUUCACGUUCAACUUCGACAUGCAGCGUGGCUGCGACGACUGCAACUGCAACCCACUUGGCGUUAUUGCCAAUCGGAUGCAAUGUCACAACGAGACUGGGAAUUGCGAUUGCAAAGAGAACGUGAUCGGUCGUGUAUGCGACCAUUGCGUGCCUGGCCACUACGCGUUCCCCGACUGCUUGCCGUGCUCGUGCGUCCGCGACGGGACUACCGACGACGUUUGCGACCAGAACACGGCGCAGUGCUACUGCAAGAAGCACGUUUACGGACAAUCUUGUGACACCUGCAAAGAAGACUAUUUCAAUUUGCAAGAAGAAAAUCCGGACGGCUGCACAAAGUGCUAUUGCUUCGGAAAGACUACCAGGUGUACCAGCUCGUCGCUGUAUUGGUUCGAGAUCAACGGAAUGAGUGACUGGCAGUUGUCUAACAUCGAUGCAAACCGCACCCUCAGUAUAUUCCCGCAGUCGCUAGAUCCGGCACCAAUAAACGACACUGCCAUACAAGCGAACCUUCUUGGUACGGGAGACGAUAGUCCCAAAGUACUUUAUUUCGCUGCACCUCAAUAUUACCUUGGUAAACGUCUAACAUCUUACGGUGGGUACCUAACCUACUCCGUGUACUACACGGCGAGGGACGGCGGCCGCGCUGCCGCAGCCCCCGACGUCAUCAUCGGCGGAGCCAACGGCUACCUCGUCCACAACAGCAUCGAGCAGCCGCCCUCGCUGACGACCUGGACCCACGCGCUCAAACUUUCAGAGGACCAGUUCACCAACCUGGACGGCUCGGCCGUUACCCGUAACCAGUUCAUGACUACACUGGUCAAUGUCACCAGUAUAUACAUCAGGGCUACGUACUGGCAUGAAACUGUUAAUACUGUACUAUCGAGCGUAUCACUAGACGUGGGUACGGAUGAAUACGUGGAGUACUCGAAAAGAGCUGACUCCGUGGAGGAAUGUCAGUGCCCCCAGGCUUACAGAGGCUUGUCGUGCGAACAAUGUGCCGUUGGCUACUACAGACUCAGCUCGGGGCCGUACGCUGGACUGUGCGUGCCCUGCCAAUGCAAUGGGCAUUCGAGAGAGUGUGACGUCAACACUGGCAUAUGUUUGGAUUGUACGGAUAACACAAUGGGUGAUCAUUGCGAGAUGUGUAUCCCAGGUUACCACGGUAACGCGACAGUUGGUACCCCCCGCGAUUGCCUCAUCUGCGCGUGUCCUAUACCCUACGCCUCGAACAACUUCGCGGUCAGCUGUGAGCUGAGCGCAAACGGUUCUUUGAUAUCGUGCGAGUGUCAGCCGGGGUACGCUGGAGCGAGAUGCGACCACUGCGCCGCAGGAUACUACGGCCAACCGGAACAAAUUGGUGACUACUGUAAACCCUGCAAUUGUUCCGGGAACAUCAUACGAGAUGAGCCAGGCUCUUGCGAUAGUAUUACAGGAGAUUGUCUCAAAUGUGUGAAUAAUACGGCAGGCGCCGCGUGUAAUCUAUGUGCACCAGGCUUCUACGGAGACGCUAUCUUCUCGAAAAACUGUACUGCAUGCAUAUGCGACGAUUUGGGUAUGGAUCAUUGUGACCCCACGACGGGAACGUGCGUUUGUCGGCCGGGGGUCAUCGGUGAGAAAUGUGACCGCUGCGCACCUGACCACUGGGGUCUCGACAGCGGGUUCGGUUGUACCCCCUGCGAUUGUGGCCCAGCUUCUGAGUCCACACAGUGCGAUGACUCUACUGGACAGUGCAGAUGUGCAAAAGGCGUGACUGGCAGACACUGUGAUCAGUGCGCGGCUGGCUACUGGAAUUACACGAAAGAAGGGUGUGACCAUUGCAACUGCAACACUGGAUAUUCACACGGGUUCACGUGCAACUCGACUGGUCAAUGCGAGUGCCUGCCAGGAGUCAUAGGCGAGAAGUGUGACCGCUGCCCUGAGAGAUGGGUAUUGAUACCGCACGAGAGAUGUCUGGAGUGCGACUCGUGUACCGAUGCCCUUAUAUUCUCUGUUGAAGAUAUGACUGAUAUGCUUGCUAACGAAACCCAAGAGUUCAAGGACAAAGCGGACUCGUUCUUCACAACGCAGCGCCUCAACUACAUAUCGAAUCAGACGGAGCUGCUGAGACCCCGGGUCGCCGAGCUCCGCAAUGUGGACGUUGAGCACGUGACAGUGGAGCUGAAAGUAUUGGAGGAAGCCGCCGCGAAACUGCUGCGAUCGGCUGAAUACACGGCGGGAGACAGCGAUGCUCUAAUUGGUAAAGCGACGGAUCUAGCAGCUGAAGCUGAUAAAACUUUGUCAACUGCUAGAGAGAGCGGCGAUCGUGCGAGGGAAGUAGUCACGCAGGUUGCUAACUUGGCGAAAGGCUUAGAGUUCAGCCAACAACCCAAAGUUGACAUAGCGUUGACUGAUGCUAGACAAAUCAGGAACGAUCUCGCAGCAAUGGAUUUCAUCCCGAAAACUCAAUUGGCCAACAAUAUGUUUGCUAACGCCACCAACCAAAACGAACGGAUGAACGUAUUCGUUCAACCUGUCUACGAACAAGCUAAGAAAUUCGAUGGCUUGAAGAACUCCACGCAAGAUUUUAAGAACAAACUAGAAAACUUUUUAGAGUACACAGAUCUGGCACAACAUACCGCUAGCUUGGCUGACAACCUUAACAGGAAGAAUAAGCAAUCAAACUUCGGGGACAAAGUGAACACAGUGAUGAAAUUGAACAAAGACGCAAUGAAUGACCUAAUAUACGCGGCGCAGAACACCAGCAAUGCCUCGAUACACAAUGCUAAGGCGCGGGACACAGUGGCAGAUUCAGAAGCGGCGUUAAGAGAACUAUCCGAACAGAACCAGCUCAUCGAAGAUGUAAUGAAAGACCUAGCCGAGAAACUGCCCGACUUGAAGAACUUAGCUGGAGAAGCGUUCAGCCAUUCUGCCACUCUGAGGAAUCAAGCAGCCAACCUACGCGACCUAGCUGAGCGUGAAAACAACAACAGUCGCACACAAGAGGCGUACAAAGCCGCGUCCGCAUACUCUGUAAUAGUGCAAGAGAUUGGAGACGCCAAGACCGCAGCCGACGAGACGGAGGCAGCCGACAGGAGGGCCACGGACAUCAAAAACAUGCUGAAAGAUCAAGUGGAUCCGGCCCGUGAGCGAUCGCAGAUACUGCUGGACCAAGCUCAAGAGGCCUUACACACAGUGCAUAACGCUCUGGGCCCCAAUUUGACCCUCGCCGAGAACUCCUUAGAGAACGCCACCAGAACGUUACGGGAUGCUGAUGAAAACAAUACUGCUAUAGAACUAGAUCGUAUCGCGUUGCCAGUACUCGGUGCAUCACCACUGGACGAUGAGACAGAAAAGGCGAACAGAGUGAAUGCUACGGUGAAGAACACUCUGGAGAUAAUGUCAGAGAUCGGCAGGAAUCUCGCGGACAGCAAGGACUGGGCACGCACACUGCCCAAGCAGGCCAACGAGGCGCAGGCGCAUAUCGACAACAUUAAACAAUUGUUGGACAAUGUGACCGACUUAUAUGGUAAAAUAGUAUCAAAAGAGAGUGCAGUAAAAGAUUUGCAAGAGGUCCACGACCCACGCCUUCCGGACGCCGACCGUAAACUGGAGGAACUGAAGCGGUUGAUUGAACAGGCGAGAACAGUAGCCAACCGUAUCCAAGUGGGAGUCAGUUUCGACAGCCAGUCGACGCUGCAGCCGCGCCUGCCCGACAACCUGGAUGAAAUGGCCACCACCACCAACGUCUCGGCCUACUUCCGCACCAAAAGGAAGGACGGCUUCCUUCUGUAUCUUGGCAACCCUAAGGGCACCAAUUUGAGGAAAACGAAAUCCGACGACUUCAUGGUACUGGGAAUUCGGAACGGCUACCCAUAUUUGAUGAUGGAUAUUGGUGACAGUACCUCUGGACGCGAGCCUGUUAAGAUCAGCAGCGACAAGCUAGUCGCUGACAACAAGUGGUACCAGGUCAUCGUCGACAGAGUGGGUCGUAAGGUCAAAUUCUCAAUACAAGAGACCCUCGAUAACGGCACGGAGUACACACAUUCCAAAGAAGCUGUAUUACCUGGUCAACAUACGAUCUUCAACUUAGACCGGCAAAAGUCUAAACUAUAUGUAGGAGGCGUACCACCCGAUACGACUCUUCAAGGCGUCGACGUCCGCGACUUUGAAGGACAGAUCGAAGAGCUCAUGGUCGGAAAUACUCCUGUUGGAUUGUGGAACUUUGUUGGUGCAUCCGACUUGAAAGGAGCUAGACAGAGAGACAAACUGCUGCCAAAAGCGACUGGUCCUCAAGAGUAUCGCUUCAAUGGAUUUUCACACCUUAUAAUAUCAGGAAAAGGCUACCUGGUCCCGCAGAAGAACCACAUCCAACUGUUCUUUAGAACUUACGCGCCCGACGGUCUCAUUUAUCUGGUUGGAGAAGACAAUGAUUAUUUCUUCUGUGUUCAGAUGCAAGAGGGCAGAGUGAACUUGCAGGUGGCUCUUGGGCCAAGGGAGGAGGACCUUGUCAGCAUACACACAUCGAAGGCAUACAACGAUGGCAAAUGGCACAAACUAGACGCAGCGAGAUACCUCAGCAAUUGCUCCCUAAAAGUAGACGGAGACACCCUCAGGACCGUGUCCUCAUCUUCGGCGACAGAAAUCCCGGCUGUGGAUAUGAACUUUGGAGGCAUUUCUUCAGACGUCCACAGUUUACGAUAUAAAAACAUAAAUAGAAUAACAAACAAAGGCUUCGAUGGAUGUAUACGACAAAUCAGCAUAGACAGAAUCAACGUCGAACUCAGCGACUCUAUCGAAUCUAUAGGAGUUGCUUACAAGUGUCAAUUCUCAUCGCUGGUUUCGUUGUCUGGCGAGAACAGUUACCUGCGAUUCAACGACAUCACGUCUGAGAACCCGCAGGUGACACUCCGCUUCCGCACGUCGGAGCCGGACGGGCUGCUGUUCGUGUACGUCAGCAGGACGCAAACAAAGAACGACGAGAGCAUGUCUCUCUCUAUGAUGAAUGGUCAAUUGGUGCUGGGCAGUAAACGUGAACUGCUGGACACUGGACUGUACAAGUACAACGACUCCGAGUGGCAUGUGGUCACCGUCACGCAUGGCUCCAAAGCGCUCACCAUGGUCGUUGAUGAUUAUGAUACCUUUAGCACAGACACAGCGCCGGAACCUCUCAAUAUCCUGAAUGGUGUGCUUUUCGUCGGCGGAGUCCAACCGGGAUACAUAGUCAGCGCUAAGAUCGGUUCCAAGAAACCGUUCCGAGGCUGCAUAGCAGACACCACUAUCAAAGGCCUGGUGCUCAACUUGCUAGCGCCAUAUAAUAAUAGCAGCAUCACCUUCGGAAGAUGUGGGGAUAUCAUUUCCUAUGGGGGAGUACCAGGCGACACAUCAUGGGCGACGCCGGCCCCAUCUGAAGCAGUACUUCCCACCCCAAAACCACAACCCGAGCUCGAAGCUGUACCAGAACAAACCGAAGUACCAACUACCACAGUCCAAAUUCAACCGCAUCUUCGGUCAGGCAUCUUUAUAGAAGCUACAACGACAAGAGCACCAGAAGUGACGAGUAGGCCGCUGACCACGCUGGCGCCGACCACGCCACGCCCGCGGCCUCGACCAGAACCAGGCUGUUCGCUCGCGUAUGACCCGUACUAUACUACUGGCAACCCAGAGGAAGGAUACAGAUUUGGUUCACGCAACGACAGUCGCAUUGAGUACGCGACACUCCCGGGCCGACAGCUGGAAGGGUUCGACUUGACCAUUAGCUUCCGGACCUUCGACAAACACGGCGGACUCAUAUUCUAUGCGACCGCGGAUGCAUCGCCUGAACAGUUCCUUGCCGUCUACAUGAAAGACGCAAAGCUCCACUUGUCGUUCAACUGCGGCGACCGCACCGCGACCGUGUCGUCGACGCAGCUCUACAACGACGCAGAGUGGCACACGGCUACCAUCGUACGAAACAAUGGCCACGGCAAGUUGACCAUGGACGGCGAGCAUAUAGGCGACGCGAGCGUGUCCUGCUACGAGCCGGCUGUACUCACCGCGCCUUUCUACUACGGGGGACUCAGGAAUAUCACCUCUUAUUACAACGAGACCGUGGGCUUCUACCAGACCUUUAAGGGCUGCCUGAAGGGCCUCAUGAUGAACGGACAGUACGUGACGGACAUUUUGUACCGCGUCAACUCACUGCGAUGUAUCGACGACGUAGAAGACGGUGUCUACUUCGGUCCGACUAACGACGGACACAGCAGCUAUCUGAAGCUCUACUCCCGUUUCGUUGUUGGCAACGAGAUCUCUGUCUCGAUGGACGUGAAGCCACGCAACACGACCGGAUUGCUGUUCAGCGUGCACGGUAGAAAGGACUUCAUGAUCAUGGAGCUCCUCGAGAAUGAAGUGGUGGCCAGGGUCGAGAACGGACGGGGCCCAUUCCAGGCCAGCUUCAAACUGGGCAACAAAUUCUCGCUGUGCGAUGGCAAAUGGCACAAGAUUCAUGUGGUGAAGUCGCGCCACGUGGUGUCGGUCGGUGUGGAUGGCCACUUCUCCGACGCCGGCGUCGGGCAGUCUCCAUCCACGGACACCCGGUACGGACUGUACAUCGGCGGGCACGAGAGGCCCGUUCACAGGGUUCCAGGUACACGGGCGAGGAGAGGCUACGUCGGCUGCAUCAAGAACAUAAAGAUCAAAGACAAGAAUAUUCCCAUACCGCUGACUGGAGCCGGCAGAAACACGCAUAUUGGCGUCUGUCCCAACGAUUAAUAUAUGCCAUUGGAUAAAUUAGAAAAAAUCCUAGACUCGAAUUUCUUAUUAAUAUAUCAUGCUGUAAAUCAGAUAUCAGGCUGAAUGUUAAAACUAAGCUCAGAUGUAGUAGAAAUCAUUAGUAACCAUUUAAAGUGUACAAAUUUUUUUACGCUAAUAAUUUUUCCCUUAAAACCAUAAAUUGGAAAGUUAAUAAAACAUUAUAAGUUUUCCAUACUGGAUACAAAUGCGCGACGAUAAUAUGGAUGGCCUAAAAUUGUUUUCCAACCUGUUUCUUUGAGGGAAUAUUCGGUUUCACUGGUAACUGGUUCUCUUAUAAGGUUUAAUUUCAUACAAGUUUACUAGCCACUUCUACAAUAUAAUUAAGUUUUAAGACGUAAACUGUAUAGGAAGACAAACUAACCUUCAGUUAUUGUAAAGAGGCAGCAAUAUAUUUCCUCUAUAAAUAAUAUCAUAAAGUCACAAUGUGUACUUACCUCAAAUACUGCAUAAUCGGGUAUCUAUAACUUAAGUUCAUAAUCUAUAAAUGUAUAAAGCAAAUCUUCAGAAAUUAAAAAUAUUCUGGAAGUAUGAAAACGUAUUACCUUCUUGUUCUAUUAUUGUUUUUAGAUUCACUAUUUUGAUAUGUACAAAUAUUCUACUUACAUUAUGUAACAAUAUUUCCAAACCUAUAUAUAAAUAUACAGACUGAAGACCACAA